UCCGAGGCGACUGCCAUCUGCCGCCCCGUUCACACUGCGUCCCCAUCUCCCUCGCACUCUCCCGCGUCCUCUCUGCGCUUUUGGCAAGAGACCAGCGGCAAAGGCAGCCUUGAAAAUGCUGGCGACCGCUAUUAGGCCCGCAUCGGGUUUCUCAGAAGAGAAUACGCAGUACCGUCCUGCGAAAGACCUCGAGGAAUUCAAGAGCCUACUUCCUGCGCCCAUCGAAUUCGUUGAGGGCUCUUCGAAAGGAGCACUCCUCAUGGACGAAGACAAAUACCAGCCCAUCAACGCGACCCCAACACCGUCAGAAGCCGAGCCCCGGGAGACGAAGAAGGCUACUUCAUCUACCCAUCCGAAGUCCUCCAGGUCACCUAAAUCCCCUCAGACAACGUCAGGGAAGGCACUGUACAAUGGUCCUCUCCACACGUCGUGGCCGGAUGGCGCUAGCAUUGGAACAGGCCUUCACAAUACGGGGAAUACAUGUUUCCUCAAUAGCGCUUUGCAGUGCCUACUGCACACAACACCCUUGCUGCAUGUCUUGAUCAGACAUGGUGAUUCAGACCCUUGUCGAGUACCCAAGGGCGCAUUCUGCAUGGCGUGUAACUUGCGGACCGUGAUGUUCGAAUCGCACCAGAAACAACGACCUUUUGCACCGUACCCCAUCACGACUAAGCUACAAGUCAUCGCGAAGCAUAUGAAGCGCGGACGGCAAGAGGACUCACAUGAGUUCUUGCGAUAUGCUAUCGACGCCCUUCAGAAAUCCUGCCUUGCUGGCCAUCCACCGAAAAUGGACCCAAAACUCGCUGAGACUUCGUGGAUCCACCAAAUAUUUGGUGGCCGAUUGCGAUCUAGGGUUACAUGUCUCGUGUGUGGCCACGACAGCGAUACAUACGACAGUGUCCUGGAUCUGAGCAUCGACAUCUAUGGAGUGCAGACCUUGAAAGACGCUCUGCGGAAGUUCGUCGCAGUCGAUCAUCUGAAAGGGGCCGACAAGUACAAGUGCGAGAAGUGCAAGAAGCCCGUUACCGCGGACAAGCAGUUCACGGUCCACGAAGCACCACUUGUGCUGACCGUUCACCUAAAGCGCUUCUCUCCGAUGGGUCGUAAGAUCGGACACUGCAUCAAGUACGAAGAGCGUGUCUCAUUGCAGCCUGUCAUGAGCGAAGGGCAGCAUGGACCGACCUACUCUCUGUACGGCGUCAUAUCCCACGCAGGCGGCGGGCCCAACUCGGGCCAUUACUACGCGCAUGUCAAGGGCGGCGAUGGCCAGUGGUACGAGAUGAACGACGACUCUGUCACCCGCACCCCUCCCCCGAUGAGUCGGCAGAACGCAUACAUCCUCUUCUACAUUCGCGACAAGGGUCAGGCACUUGAGGCCGCCGUCGGUACCCCCGCCCGAGCCUCCCAGCCCACCAAGACCGGGCUCGUUGCGAACAUGAAGAAACGCAAGACACCGGACAGUGAGGGCGAGGACUCGGCUCGACCUGCGAAGUCGAAGGAUCGCGCGCCGUUCAUUGGUCCCCAGCUCCCCUCGUCACCUGUUACGCCCGGCAAGUCCGAUCCGCAGGCGCAGAUGCUGCAGAAGAAGAUUGGGCAGGUGACCAAGCAGGCCGUGACGAACGGGCUGGCUGACCUCGCGCAGUACAGCGAUGGUAGCGACGACAUCGGGGAGAAGGUCGAGGAGAAGGAGGAUGAGAAGGGCGUGAAUGGCAAGGGGAAGGAGAAGGCAGCCUCUGUUGAUGCCAGCGCUGAAGUGAAGUCAGACUUGACGACAUCUGCGCUGCUCCCGUCCCCGACGAUCUCAACACCCGCGUCCAAGACCGCCUCGUCAUCGGGCCUGACGUCCAUCCCUGCCAGCAGCUUUUACGGCAAUCCGGUCAAGAAGGGGAAGGGGAAGGACGGUGGCAGCGCGAAGAAGCGGAAGUCGCCCGACAGCGACGACGAGGACAGCGACGCCGAGCAGUCGCUGAAAGACUGGGCUCGCACGCCCAUCCCGUCAACGCCGUCCCGGAAAGCGAACACGCCGUCGAAGCGCGGCGAUCGCUUUAGUGGUAAUGGGAGCUGGAACCCGUACAGCAGGCUGAAGGGCAGCGAUACGCUAGGCAACCGCCGCGACUCUGCACCUGUACAGCAUCGGUACGGGAAGAAGAAAAGAAUGAUCAUGUAAGAUACCCCUCCGCAUAACACAUCGUCAUUCA